CAAAAAGGCAAGUUAUCUAGUUGUUUCGGUUCAAGCUGCAACUUUUAGCCGUGUUGUUGUUCGUCUUUGUCGGGAGCAAUCGGAAAAUUUACUCCGGGGAUUCGGCCUGGAACAAUAACCGGAGGACUGAAGGAGUCAGGCUAUUAAAAGCUCAAAAUGUCGAUUCUGGGUCUUAAAAAGAAACAACCCAAGACUUUUAAAGUCAAAGUCAUCACCAUGGACGCAGAGAUGGAGUUCAGCUGUGAGGUAAAAUGGAAAGGCAAGGACUUGUUUGAUCUGGUGUGCCGAACUAUUGGACUGAGGGAAACUUGGUUCUUUGGUCUCAGGUACACUGUAAAAGACACGUAUGCUUGGCUUAAGCCUGACAAACGGGUUUUGGAUCAGGAUGUACCAACAGACUCUCCUAUAACAUUUCACUUUCUUGCUAAAUUCUUCCCUGAAAAAGUUGAGGAGGAACUCGUUCAGGAAAUCACACAGCACCUUUUCUUCUUACAAGUCAAGAAACAAAUACUAGAUGAGGAGAUCUUUUGCUCUCCAGAGGCCUCGGUCCUUCUGGCGUCAUAUGCUGUCCAAGCCAAGUAUGGAGAUUAUGACCCAAAUUUCCACAAGCCAGGCUUCCUGGCGCAAGAUGAACUCUUGCCUAAAAGGGUGCUGAUGCAGUAUCAGAUGACACCAGAGAUGUGGGAGGAGAAGAUCACAGCUUGGUAUGCUGAGCACAGAAAUCUAGCAAGGGAUGAAGCCGAAAUGGAGUAUCUGAAAAUAGCACAGGAUCUCGACAUGUAUGGCGUCAGCUAUUUUUCAAUCACACAAAAUAAAAGAGACAAGGAGCUCCUGCUUGGUGUCGACGCACAGGGACUUCAUAUCUACAGCCCCAAUAGCAAACUGAAUCCCCAGAAGUCUUUCCCCUGGAGCGGCAUCCGCAACAUCUCAUACAGUGAGAAAGAGUUUACUAUUAAGCCGCUGGACAAAAAGAAGGACGUCUUUAAAUUCUAUUCUUCACAACUCAGAGUGAAUAAGUUGAUCUUACAGCUGUGUAUUGGGAACCAUGACCUGUUUAUGAGGAGGAGGAAGGUGGACUCUAUUGAAGUGCAGCAGAUGAAGGCUCAAGCCAAAGAAGAGAAAGCUAGGAAAAAGAUGGAGCGUCAGAUUCUAGCGCGGGAGAAGCAGAUGAGGGAGGAUGCAGAGCGGGCGAAAGAGGAGAUGGAGCGCCGGCUGUUUCAGAUUCAGGACGAGGCUCGUAUGGCUAAUGAAGCUCUGCUGCGCUCUGAGGAGACGGCAGACUUGCUAGCGGAGAAAGCCCAGAUCGCUGAGGAGGAGGCAAAGCUGCUGGCUCACAAAGCAGCCGAAGCCGAGCAGGAGAGGCAGAGACUGGAGGUCACGGCCCUCAAGACGAAAGAAGAACACAGGCUAAUGGAGCAGAAGAUGAGGGAGGCGGAGCAGUUAGCUGUAAAACUGGUGGAGCAGUCAGAGAGGAGGUCAAAGGAGGCUGAUCAUUUAAAGCAGGAUCUGACCGAGGCCAAAGACGCAGAACGUAGAGCCAAGCAGAAGCUGCUAGAGAUCACCAAAACUACAUACCCCUUGAUAGCUGCGUAUUCUAAUCCUCCACCUGCACCUGGACCUGACAGUACGGAGAUGCAGAUGGACGUGGCCGCGUCGUACCGACUGGAUUUCAAAGACUCGGACAUGAAGAGACUGUCCAUGGAGAUCGAACGUGAACGGCUAGAGUACAUGGAGAAGAGCAAACACCUUCAGGAUCAGCUUAAAGAGCUGAAGUCAGAGAUCGAGUCUCUGAAGCUGGAGGAGCAGCAGCAGCAGGCGGGUCUUUACAGCCUAAGGGGUUACUCUGAGCCACCCUACAUCCCCCACAGCAACAGAAACUCAGCCUACAUGACUCAGAUGGCGUUUUUCGAAGAAGUGUGAAUAGACAGAAACCUGACAAGGAGGACGGAGGUGAAGAAAUCAUCACUACAGUGUGUGACACUCAUCAGGGAAUGUACGAUAUCGAGCACCGAUUAUCAAGCACACACGCCUGCACAAAACACUUCGGGGGGAAAGUCAUUUGAGAUCAUUUUAAUGACUGGUUUAAAAGCUCUCACUAAAAGUGCUGUGCACAGAGCAACACCGAGGUUACUACAGUUACUACAGUUUUCAAGCAGAUGUUUAAUUUUUGCAAUGCCAAAAAUUUCUUUUAUUUUUAUCUUAUCUAGACCAUAUCAUAAAAUUUAGUUUUCACAAAAAGAGCAAAGAACUUUCCUCUUAUAUUUCUUUAAGGUACAGUACGUCUGUUUUAAUUUAACCGGGGAAGUUUAACUAAUGUGCAACUGCUUGUUACCAUCAGUCUUUUCAUUUGAGAAAAUAUUUCAUCAGCGUCACAUUUCCUCCUGGAUUUCAGCUAGUAACAAGCAGUCCUCUUGCACUAGUGCCUUUUUAACACGUUAAAAUGUUACGAAUGCAGGGGUAAGUUAUAAAAAGAAUUAUGUCGCCAGUGUAACACUGCACAGUCUAACAGACCUCUGAUGCUUUACCUUUCUGGCAGCUCGGUUUCCGCUUCACUGUUUAUUCAUUUGGAGGACUCGAAGCCUGGCUCUCUCCAUUUUCUACAUCCAUGGUAAAAGAUUUAGCCAUAUGCCCAAACCACUGCUGCAGUCCUUUCCUUAAAAUAUGUGCUUUCAUUCACCACUUUAUUUUCAAAAACUUUUCGGACAGAAUCAAGCUCUUAAAAUCUAGACAAGUCAUUUCCUUUGCACUCUAGUGGGUGUUGAAGCUUGUAAAGUGUAGCACAGGUUUGCAUUUUCCUGAAAAUGCUGUUCUGUAAGGGAUAAAAAAACAACAAGGAGUGCUGAUUGAUGAUUUUCCUCUUAUACAACAGCCAUUUUCAAACAAUCACAAUAUUUAUUUUUAAUGAAAGACACAUUGUGCUUUUUAUCUGCUUUGUAAAACAUAAGCGUAAAACUACAGAGCUAUGACUUUUAACACUCCUUUCAUAAAGGUCUCCACUUAAAACACUAGAUCAACAAUUCCACCCAGUUUUACAUCAGAUUAUGUGAUUAUUUGUUACUGUACAAACAAUAGAGAGGACUGACAGGGGGAUUAACACCGGGACUGCAGCAAACAAUACUAAACUACUGGGACAAUAACAGGACAAAAACUAAAACCUACUGUACUAUAAAGGCCAGCGUUAGUGCUGUUUUAGAUGACGUGCAUAUAAAAUUAAAACACCAGCUAAAGUGUCCAUUUUGAUUUAUAGAGACCAUUUCAAUUUAUACUCAUUUGUUUCAGCUGUACGACAUUCAUAUUUUUUGUUUUUUUUCCCCAGUUGUCAGUUUUGCAAUAUUUCUUAUACAUUUCUUGUGCUGGAAAAAAAACAGGCCAUUUUCUAUUACAAAUUAUUUAUACUUAAACCCCUUUUUUUAAAAUUACUUUUAAACAAUUUAAAGAAACCAUUUCAAUUUAUACUCAUUCGUUUCAGCUGCACUACAUUCAUCAUUCAUGUUUAAAUGCUAAUGUCACAGAACAUUGAGUGUGUAAUGACCGAGGUACUUAAACACUAUUAUUUUUCUUUGCUUUGUUUUCUUUUCCCCCAAUGUGAGUUUUACAAUUUUUCUUAUACAUUUCUUGUGCUGGAAAAGAAAAAAACAGGCCAUUUUUUAUUACAAAUUAUUUAUACUUAACCCCCUUUUUUUUUCUUUUAAACAAGUGACUAUAGUUUAAAGUGAUAUGCAGUUUGUUCUUUAUUCUUGUUUUUGUGUGUAUCUUGGUGCCUUCCUGGUCAGUAUGAGACUGCAUGAUUUAAACUGGGAAUAGCUUAAUUCUCAGCUAUUGAUUAAAGUGGCAGAAAAUGUUUGGGGUUUAGCAGUAAGCUUUAGAGGUUUACAAAGAAUUCAUGAUGCUUUGAAUUUGAAAAUUGGGCAAUUCUCCUUUUGUAGCACCUUUUUUAGCACAUAAACACAAGUUCAUUGGUUUUUGGUAAAAAAUAAAAAAUUAAAAAACAUUCCCUUGUUCCUAUAAACAUAACCACGUUAUACACAGAAGGCAAUUAUUCAUGUUUUAAUGAAACCUGCCCAUUUUUGCCCAUGUGUCAAACACUAAUUUAUCCUGAACUUUUUGUUAACUACAGCUCAUAAGUGCCUUAUGUUUUGUAGAAGAUUUUUUUUUUUUAAACCUUUGAGUGUUUAUACAGAUUCAGUGCCACGUGUAAGUCUUUACUGAGUUGCAGUAUUAUAGCCUUUGUUAUGAAUCUGCUACAGUUUACAAUUUACAUUUUGUCGCAUUUAAUUCCAUGCUUUAACCCAAAGUGAGGGUAGUUAGUCGUGAGGCAGAAUAGAGGUGAAAUCUGAGGCUGGGCAAAGUUUCUAACUUUUAACUAUCCGGUCACUAGCUCAAAGGCUUCGGCACUGAGCUGUUACACAUACUUACACCUCUGAUGUGUAGUGAAUUGAAAACUAAUUCACAAAUAAAAGGAUGACUUUUUACAAA